AUGUCUACUGGCAGUGUUAAAACCCAGAACAACUCGUGGUCAGUGCCAACCAAAGACAAGGUUGUAGCAGACGGCGACGUUGUGAAGUCUGGGAACGUUAUGAUCAAGAUCGUGCACACCCCUGGUCAUACUCUAGGCACCAUCUCACUGAUCUUCGCAGUUUUUGAUAACUGCGAGCCUCACGUUGCCGGGCUAUCUGGGGGUACUGGAACCCCGAGACAGCAGAACCUGCGCGAGAUGAAAACUACGUCGCAAAAUUGGUUCGCGGACAUCGCUCGGGAGGAGGGCGUUGAUAUCCUUCUGUCCAAUCACAAUGUCGCCGAUCACGCCCUCUUCCAUGCCGACAUUCUUGUGCACCGCGGUUCCGACCCAGCUAAUCCUUUUGUGGUUCUGGUUGAGAACUUUGAGAAGUACAUGAGGAUAAAUGCACUGUGCUCAAGGGUUGUUGCUGCACGAGAAGGCAUGGAGUUGUAG